AUGGCAUCCGCAGACCAACUACAGAAUGUCCGCCCCAUGUUUGAGCUGCGCAACCAGAACUACAUUGUCACUGGAGGCGCUCAGGGCAUCGGUUUCGCGUGUACACGCGCGAUUUGCGAAAUGGGCGGCAAUGUAGCGGUUUUUGACGUCCAAGAAAAGCCGGUGGAGGAGUUCUCAACAUUGGGUAAGACAUUCGGCGUUAAGACCAUCUACAUACAGAUGGACGUUACAAAGGAGGAGAGUAUUAAAACGGCAUUUGACAAAGCGCUCAAUGAGUUUGGAACCAUUGAUGGAUGUGUCCCAGCAGCAGGAAUUGCCAUUGACAAGCCGUUCCUUGAACAGACGUGGGAUGAAUUUACGAAAAUUCAGGAUAUUAAUGUGCGAGGCACUUUCUUCGUCGCCCAGCUUACAGCCCGACAGAUUAAGAAGCAAGGCACCAAAGGCAGCAUGGUUCUGAUUGCCUCGCAGUCCGCACACAUUGCUUUACCGGGCUAUCGCAUGGCUGCGUACAAUGCUUCCAAGGGUGCCAUUUUGAUGCUUUCCAAAGCGUUGGCGGUUGAGUUGGCCCCUCACGGCAUCAGAGUCAACACAAUUAGCCCGGGGUUUGUAGAUUCUGAGAUGACGCGUACGGUGAGAGAGUCCAAGAGCAGCAAGAGAGAGGGAGAGCAGAUGUGGUUGGCUCCCCCUAACCAGAGGCUCAGUACACAAAAUGAUUUGACGGGCGCCGUUGUCUAUUUGUUGAGUGACGCGGCGAGACAUACAACUGCGGCGGAUAUUCAGAUUACUGGGGGAUUGCAUGCUGGCACGAUUGAUGGGUUGAUUAGCUACGAGGAAUAG